CUAAGGAGAUAAGUGUGGAAGUGGAGGAGCGUCCCGGAUGCAUAUAAACAUCCACGUCAACAGAAAGUAUAUUAAUGAAACCGUUAUAAGGACCAAGAGGAGCGUAAAUAUAGUCAUUGUUGGCGCCGGUUAAUGUGGAAUUGAAAGGCUGCUCAACACGCUGGUGUUUUUAGGCUUAUGUAAACAAUGACUUCCCUGACACAGAGAAACUCGGGCCUGGUGCAGAGACGGACCGAGGCCUCGCGUACCGCCGCAGAUAAGGAGAGGGGCCCCGGGGAGGAUGAGUACGACUCCUUCCGCGGAGAGGAGGAAGAGGAGGACGACAAGGGAGACUCCAAAGAAACACGACUAACUUUGAUGGAAGAGGUGCUGCUGCUUGGGCUGAAGGAUCGAGAGGGUUACACGUCGUUUUGGAAUGAUUGCAUUUCAUCAGGACUGAGGGGUUGUAUGCUUAUUGAGCUGGCAUUAAGGGGACGUCUGCAAUUGGAGGCAUCUGGAAUGAGGAGGAAAAGCCUGUUGACCAGAAAGGUUAUAUGUAAAUCUGAUACCCCCACUGGAGACAUGAUGCUGGAUGAGGCAUUGAAACAUAUUAAAGAGACCCAGCCACCAGAGACAGUCCAGAGCUGGAUUGAAUUGCUAAGUGGUGAAACAUGGAAUCCGUUGAAGCUGCACUACCAGUUGCGAAAUGUGCGAGAGCGCUUGGCUAAGAACUUGGUGGAAAAGGGCGUUCUCACCACUGAGAAACAAAACUUCCUGCUUUUUGACAUGACCACCCACCCACUCACUAACAACACGAUCAAGCAGCGGCUGGUGCGCAAGGUCCAGGAAGCUGUCCUGGAGAAGUGGGUCAAUGAGCCCCAACGAAUGGAUAAGCGCCUGCUGGCUCUGCUGUUCCUUGCACAUUCCUCUGAUGUUCUAGAAAAUGCCUUUGCUCCUCUUCUGGAUGACCAGUAUGAUCUGGCCACGAAGAGGGUGCGGUUGCUUCUGGAUCUCGACCCCGAGGGUGAGGCUGCCAAGUCAGGCGCCAACGAGCUGCUUUGGGCAGUGGUGGCUGCUUUCACCAAAUGAACCUUCAGAGUAGAGGGAUAAAGGGACUCAACUUUGUGCUCAUGGCAUUGAACUCCGACCACUGGCCCUAAGCUUGGUUAAUUAGGAAUAAAAUUGGUUAUGGCAAUGAUUGAAAUACAAAUUAAAAAGGAGAUUAUGAUGAUGCUGAUUGCGAUGAGGACACAUUGGAAUGGACAGCUUUUCUCAUACUCCCGGAUUUGUCUUUGACCUUCAUAAAGAUGUUGCUGCCUUUACAUGGCCAAUAGUUUCUACAUGAUUGCAAUUCACUGUGAGGUUUCUUGUAGUUCAUGCACUUAGAUCAUAAACCGAGUUCAUGUAAGAACAACACUGAGUGUGUUGAAGGAGGUGGUUAGUAAAGAGUCUUUUGGCCCUGUACUUGACCAUGCCAUGACUCUAAUUGUUAUCCUGAUCCUGGUAGAAUUCUACAAUAAUCUCACUCUCCAUUUAUCUUUGAAUAAUGAGAUCAGCCACUACUUCAGAAUACCCAGGCAUGAUGAUCCGUGGCCUCUCCUUGACAUGGUUAAGAAAUGAAAAGAUCCUGUUUCACUUUCUUUUCCGUAUUCAUCAGGAAAUGUUCUAUGACCCUUUUGCUAUCUGAAAUGGGGAAGAUCUUGAGUUGAAAGAAAAUAAAUAAUUUCACAUUUCAAAAGACUGUAAUGGAAGCAUCUGUUUGUCUCCAGAGCUUGUAUCAUGAAUGCUUCUUUGCAAUUCUUCUUUCCAGAAUUUAUUUCUACUCUUCAAGAAUGCUCAAAGAAAACAAUGUUCUAAUGUGUGCUAAUUACCAGUUUUAAUUCAAAGACAUUUGCCUGGUGUUUCAUGUAUCGAAUGACUAUAUCUUCAAAUCAUUGAUCGAUUGACAGCCUUUUUGUUUUGUCCAACUUAUCAGGAAAUCCAGUUAAUCUCUCCAGUUUGGGUCAUGUUGCGAAAGCUAUUGGGUUUCUUACAAGUUUGUGACAAUUUGUGGAUGUGGUUAUAUACCCUUAGAUGUUCACACCUAAAUAAUUUUGACCGUAUGUGCUUGUUUUCUUUUAUUGUUUUUCUAUGUAAACAUGCGCUAGAUGGACUUUUUUGACCAUUGCACCUUGUCCCACUGUUUUGUAGCGUAUUGCUUUAGGAGCACCAUGUUUUAGACACCGUGUCAAGUUAGAACUUCAGCUUUUAAAAAUGUGUCAAGACACCUGCAUUCUGCUCUAUUAGUAGCUUUUUAGCACAAGAACGUUUUCAUUCUGAAUGGCCCCUAAAUGCUUAGACAUUCUCUUUGCAAGUAUGUGAACACAGAGGCUUCUAUCAACACAAGCUUGAUUUCAUGUGUUGUUGCAUUCCAAGAAUGUGUUAGAGCGCAAACAUAAUGAAAUAUGUUAUAUCUGCCACAGGGGUGCUAUAGUGAGAUUAGUGUAAACUGUCCACUUCUAUGUUGAGAUUUCUCUUUCAAGUCAACUAAUGUCAUGGAGGUGUGGAUAUUGAAUAUCGCAGAGCAUGUCAGGUAAAAACAAUAUAUUUAUAGCAAUUUACAAGAAUGAUAACACAUCACGCUCAGACUUUUGAAGGUAACUCUUAACGGCUCCUUGAGAACUGAGGUUUGUUCCCGCCUCAGUAAUACUAGAAUGCACAUUAAGCUUGUUUAGCCAGACUGCAUUCUGACAAUGCGGUGGUCAAGCACUCGCAUCUGCAUUCACAUACUCAUGUAAAGUAUGUUUUGGCCUUAGUAUGCCACAAGGCAACUUUGCCCUCUCUUAUAUUUCGCAAGCCCAACUUCAAGACAUUAGUUGCGUCUCUUAUUUUUCAAGAAUUGCCAGUCAAACACUAGUAGUUUUUGCAGUGGCCCAAUAUAAUGGAAGGCUUGUGUUAUUGAAGCCUUUCUAUUUUCACCACCAUUUAUGUAACCGUCUCUUUACA